AUGAAGCUGUCGAACAGCACCUUAUGGCUUCUGUUGACCUUGCCCCUGAUGGUCACAGAGGCCACACAUCAGCCUUCCUAUAUUAAUCGUCGCCAGCAAAAAUUAAUUGAAAGUUCCAUGGACUUGAAUGCUGACCCCUGUACCGAUUAUUAUCAAUAUGCCUGUGGCAAAUGGGCCGAUCAUGUAGAUGGUGCUGGUAGCAAAUUCUAUGAAACGCUUACCAUGUUGGAUUAUCAAGUAAAUCGUGAACUGGCAAAUCACAUGGACAGAUUACGGCUGAGACAUGGUCCACGAUUUGUACGCAAAGCCUAUGAAUAUUACAGGUCAUGUUUCGAUGUGGAAAGCUAUAAGCCAUUGGAGUAUUUGCGUUGGAUGAAAAUCCAUGAGAAUUUGAAAUGGCCAAUGCUCUGGGCAGAUCCAAAAAAUAAUGUCGAAUUCGAUUGGGUGCAGACGCUGGCUGUGAUGCGUCGUUAUGGCAUGAAUGGGGUGCUGGUGGAGGAGAUUGUCUACCAAAAGAAAGAUGAUCCUAGCCGACUUACUGUGGAUUUGGACAAGCCUGUGGAGGGUGGUGGCUUUGUGGCCAUGGCAGAGAGAAAUCUCAAGGUGCUCAUCGAGACCUUGGAUAUACCAAUGAAUUCGAGGACUUUUAAAAAAUUAUGGAAAGAAAUUAGCGAUUUUGAGGAAUUGCUUUUAAGGCUUGACGACAUACCCGACGAAGAAGGAAGUCGCUUGAUAACAGUCCGGGAAUUACCCCUGCCAUGGCUAAAGAAAUAUUUACGUAUUGUUCUGCAGCAGAGUAGUUUGGAUCCCGACAUGGAACUCUAUAUCCAGAACAUACCCUAUCUGGAGGCAUUGGAUGCGUUGUUGAAGGAAUAUGACAAUCGUUUUAUUUGUAAAUAUUUGGAAAUACGUUUCCUGUGGCACUUGAAUCUCAAGGGACCGGAAGAUUUCUUCAAAGAAGAUUGCCUGUCUUCGACACGCAGCCUCCUACCCAUGGCCAUGCAUUGGAUUUAUGAACAGAAAAAUCCUGAAAUUCUGCAAGAAUCUACAAAAAUUCGAGAACUUUUCAAUAAUCUCGUCAAGGAGUUCAAACAGCAGUUGGAGCAAAACAAUCACGGCUUUAAUGAGACCAUACUUUCGUAUCUCCUCAAUAAGUUGGACCACAUUCAGCUGAAAAUUGGGAAUUUGCCACGCAUAGACACAGUGGCCGUUUUGGAAAGGCAUUAUGCCAAUCUAACUCUAAAUAUAAGUGAUUUCUAUGGCAAUCAUUUGAAACUGCUGGCCUUCAGUGUUCAAUCGCUGCAUUUGGGUAACAACAACACUCUAUCCACCAAUGCCAGCCACUACUUCCAUUUGGAAAGCUAUGAGACCGGAUCCAGCUCCUCACCCUACUUUAUACAACGUUCGAACAUUGUCAUUAUACCCGUUACGGCCUUGAAAACUCCCAUCUAUCAUCCCAGCUAUGAGGAUAUCUACAAAUACAGCUCUCUGGGUUUUCUAUUGGCCCAUGAAAUUUUACAUGGUUUCGAUUAUACCGGUCUGGAGGUUGACAUAAGUGGGAAACUAAACACGCCCCAAUACAACAACAUCUUGGCCAACACCAACUUCGACAACAACUAUCAGUGUCUACGCAAAUUGAAUCCAUAUGUCAUAGAUGAGAAAAUAGCCGAUAUCAGUGGGUUACGUUAUGCCUACAAUACAUUUUUCAAUCUGCAGCCGGAGGCAUUGAAUCGCACCCGUCAAAUCUAUGGCAUGCCGAUGUCAUUGAAGAAAUUGUUUUUCCUCAAUUUUGCCCAAUUCUUUUGUGGCGUCACAACAUCAGAUACCGAGGAUGCGAUUAGUACCAGUGAACAUGGCAUGGACAGUGAUCGAGUGAAUGAUGCCCUUGCUCAUUUUCCAGAAUUUGCCAAGGAGUAUAAUUGUGGCGAGAAGAGCCGCCUGCAAACGCCAAGGAGUUGUAAUCUGUGGCGGCGUUAG